GAUGGUCUGGAGCUGAUGGGGAGCACGCCGGUUCGGUAGGUUGCCGACGAAGCAGCAGCAAGGAUUCCCGGUCGAGCUCGCGCGAGCUCAAGCCGGGACUUUUGGGGGUCGAGCGAGCGAGCGAACGACAGUUUGUUGCUGACGUUUGCCAUGGGAUAGUGUGCAGCCGUUGGCCGCUCCGGGAAGUUUUAUCGCCGUCGUUCGACCAAACCUAGGCACGCUUGGAACCCGAACCUCUCCACAGUCCUUGACCAGCUGUUGGGGUUCCGUUUCGUGAGGUCCGGUGCGUGUGUUCGUGUGCUCGUGUCGUUGUUGCUCUCGGUCGGUGAAGAGUGCCGUAGUGUCAACUUGCGCUCUGUCUGGAGUGGAGUCCUUAUUUAAAUACAAAACAUAGUACGGAUGAUAGGUGUCAUAUGUUUAAUAGUAGCCGAAAAAAAAAUCUGUGAUUCAAAUUCACCAACAAAAAAAAAAAAACAAAUCUCCUUUCCCAGUACCCUGAGCGACGUCGGUGUGCAGCAGCCGAGUGUGACCUUCUCCCCCCCAUCUUAAACAGUCGUAAAUAGUUCGUUGAAAGCUAUUUCAAACAGUUUUGGUUUGGUUGCCAUCUGCAGCUAGAAAGUAAGUGGAGAUAAGUGGAAAGCUGGUCCGAAAAAGUGUGAAAUUAUUUACCGAACAUCGAAAAGUAAUUACUCACACCUGCGGCUCACCUUCUGCGGUUACCGGGAGUGGCACAGGAAUGGUGCAGGGUAAGUGAGUGGAUCGAUGGUAAAAGGAACAGGUGCGAUUUGUCCUUUCGAAAGGUUUCUCUGUACCGAAAAGUUGGCUGGGCCCCGUUUUUAGGGAAACCGUUGCUGGUCAAAUGUCAAUCGGAAUUUAUUACCUGAAAUGAAGAGUGAAAACUGAAAUCGUGCUCCUUGUGCAUUUUAAAUACUCUCCAAACUGUUCCAAGAAAAUUCAUCAAAAUCGCUAGGGGGAAAUAAUCGUGAAAUUGAAGUGAAGUGUGAUUGAAAAAGUGUGGUAAAGUGCGUUAAGAAGUGGCCAAGAAUCAAAACCAAUUAACAAAAAAACCGGGGAGUGAAGUUUGUUCAGUGGGUCGCGUAUCCCCCAACAAAGUGUGUGCAGCAGUCGGUUAAAUCAUUUCCGUGUCGGUUGUAUUUGUUUCCCCCGAAAUGGCCAAUCGAAGCUCGCCCUGAUAAUCCCUUACCGAGCGUCCCCAACCGAACCGGUGGGUGAUGAUUAGUAGCCAAAAACCAAUCGAUCUUCGUUAAAAAGAGCACCCGAGGCGUCGCUCAAAUGACGAGUGCGCGGUUUCCCUCCCCAGGCGUACCGAUACCCGAGCCAAUGGUCUGAGGUUGAGAAUUGGGGAAAUUUUGGGUUUCAACUUUGCCAGUGGUGCGUCCUCCAUCUGCUACUGCUGCUGUUGCUGCUGCUACUGUUUCGGUCGGUUAAUUUGAUGGGAAAAUCGUCUCACGUACGAUCGGCUCUGGAGCAGAGUGUUACGGAAGUGGAGUGGAUGUAACGUUGCGACGAAGAGGUCCUGGUACGGAAUCACCUCGCAGGGAAAGGAUCGUUUGCGAUACAACGAGCAGCAGAGCAGAGUGUUGUGGUGUUUAAAGUUUGAAAUUAAAUUAACAAAGAGAAAGGAAAAAUAAAGCCCAAAAGAAACGCGGAAACGGUGUGCAGUGAUCCGUAGGAAUUACGUGAAAGAUUGGAUCCUUGGAAAGUGUGUGUGUGCCAGUUUAAGCUCCAUCGAAUAAGGUGUGUGUGUGUGCUUGUGUUUGUGUACAUUCUUGUGCCGUUCUGGGAAGCGUUUUAGGAUGCGAGUGGUCCAGUGAAAUUGAUACUGUUGGAGCGUAAUUUUACGAGCAGCGUGAAGUUUUGGUUUCAAGCAGACGGAACAAAUAUUGUGGAAUAGCUACGGUGUCAAUGUGGCAGUGUGUGUGUGUGUGUGUGUGUUGUUUUUUGAUUGGGCUUCGAUAACAAAAUCGAGUGAUUCUAGUGCGUUAAGAAAUUGUUUGAUAAGUUAAUAUUCUAGCAAGUGACAACCAACAUCUUGGAGCUACCGCUUAAAUGCACGAACGGCUUCCGGUGCCAGCUGGUUCCAGCUUCUCGUUGUUGCUGACGUGGCAAAAUUCAUAGAAACGUUUGGGGAUGAAAACAUUGAUCGAAAUCGAACACCGACAGCAACAGGAUGCAGCAACAGGAAAAGCGACGCGAGCUGCGUUUAAAACGAUUCUGGCGCACCACAACCAAACCGCCGACGUCCUCCGAGGAGUCCGGCGGCUGCGAAAGUCCUACAAAACUCGGACGAAAGGCAUUCCAGCAACCGUCCGGGCCGGGUACAACCGCCAGCAGCAGCAGCGAUAGUCCGCCGAAGCAUCCGACCUGCUCGCUACCGCUGCUUCAGGUUUGGCCCAGCCAGGACUCACCCCGCGGCGAAGCGGACGGACAGAGCUUUGUCUUUCCCAUCCUAGCCGACGAUCAGCAACAAAGCUCCAAUGGACGGCGGAACUCGUUGUUCGUGGAUCAGCUGCAGGCGGGUGACUCCGGCAUCGAUUCGGUACAGGCGUCUCCGUCGCCGAUCGCCAUGCCCUGCCAUCCGCUCGUCGUCUCCAAUGCCAUCUCACCAAGUGCAUCACCUACGGCCGGCUCACCGACGCCCUCGGUAGAUCGGGCGACGAGACGUCCCUCGACCUCGUUGCUGCAUCCGGACCAUGCGAGAAUUUUCGCGCUUCGAGCACCCACCUCCCCGGACCAGGUGAGCCUGGCCAGCCUACCGCUGUUCGACAAUCAUAGGACCUCUUCCACACCGCCCCACCCGCUGCACACGUCGCUCGAGGACAGUACGGAGUUUAAUGGGGCCACCACCAGCAAUCAUCUCUGCACCGCCAGCUCCAGCACGACCUCCUCCCUUACAUCGGUGGCCGUUGCGACGCUUGGACAUCAUCCGCAGCGAUCCUCCGACCCUUGGCUACGACCGGAACGGGACAAAGACAACCCAGAGCUAGACCAACGCCGUGCCUCCACCAUGACGGCCCGAUUGUCCCUGUUCGAUGCGCUCGAUCUGGAGUACGCUCUGUUGCGAGCUGCAGCACGCGGUUCCGUCGGUCCGUACUCACUGAGCGAGUCACUGCACAAGCUUACCUUCACGCAAUCGCUUGCAUUCCCAGCGCUGGCCCGUGGACUCGCCACCAAGCGCCGCAACUCGACCGAGCAGAGUUCCUCCCGGCCGCUGAACCCGAACGAAUCGGGACUGAACACCUUCGCCAAGGUGGUGACCGCGUGCGUGCUGGUGAUGGUGAGCUUUCUCGUGUUUCUGGUAGUGUACAAGUACGUGCGGACGUGAGGUUUGCUCCUGGCCCCGACCGAGGUUGCCACCGUACAGGCGACCACGACCAUCGCCACGACGUUUCAUCAGCACGUCGCGAACAAAACGAUGGUGUCGGGGUUCAGGAAGCUUUUCAACAUUGAAACGUAACGGCCAGCCUCGGGUGAUCGAUAACAGCUGUGCUGGUGUACGUGUGUAAGUGUGGAUGUGUAAUUUAUCUGCAACUGUGCUGUGCAUCGCCGGACGGCAAGUAACCCCGGCAAACAUGAUUCUUUCCCACGUUCUUAUGUGAUCGGAAUUUGUAAAAACCCGGCAAAACGACGCUCGAA